ACGAGAGAAGAUUUUGGUAACAUAAUAAUCCCAAUCCCAAAUUGCCAAAACAAAACAAACUUUGUCCUCUCUCUUUCUCUCUUUUAUCUACUCAUUGAGAAAAGAAAACAGAAAGAAACUGUUUAGAUCUCUAUCUAAUCCAUCUGUUAUAACACACACUUUCUCUUUUCCAUCUCGCAAUUCGCACGCAUCACAAUUCACAAUUACACAAACCCUCCUUUGAUUUUUUUAGGUUUUUGAAUAAUUUCAACGAUGGAUCUUAAUAUCGAUGACGGUGACGGUGACACACGCCACCGCAAGUCCUCCGAUUCCGUUCCUUGUUCAAUUUGUCUCGAAAUUGUUUCCGAUAAUGGUGAUCGAUCCUUCGCUAAGCUUCAAUGCGGUCAUCAAUUUCAUCUCGAUUGCAUUGGCUCGGCCUUCAAUGCAAAAGGCGCAAUGCAAUGCCCUAAUUGUCGGAAGAUCGAGAAAGGUCAGUGGCUUUAUGCUAAUGGAAGCCGAUCAUAUCCAGAAUUCAAUAUGGAGGAUUGGACACGCGAUGAUGAUGUAUAUGAUCUUAGCUAUUCUGAAAUGUCCCUGGGAGUUCACUGGUGCCCCUUUGGUAACUUUGCCCAACUUCCUUCUUCAUUCGAAGAACGGGAAUAUUCACCAAUUCCAUAUCAUGAUGCACCGGGACCAAUGUUUACCGAGCAUUCAGCCGUGUCUUCCGGUAGUCAUCCUUGUCCAUAUAUUGCUUAUGUUGGUCCAGUACAUCCCUCCACCUCUAACUCUGGUGGAACUGUUUCAGAAGUUUCUAACUUCAAUCACUGGAAUGCUCGACCUAUACAUGGUGACAUGUCAACCUCGUACACAGUUCCUGCCGUGGUUCUUCAUUAUCACAGUUGGGACCACCAUUCCUCCCAUUUCUCCUCUGGCAGUAGCCAUCUCGGUGCUGCUGAUCAGCCCUCGGUAUCACAAAGUAAUCAAAGGCCAACAAGGGGUUCAGAGGCCACUAGAUCUGGAUCUUAUAUGCAUCCGUACCCUGUUGGUCACAGUUCUGUUGCUAGAGCCGGGAACUCUGCUGCAUCAUCCAUGAUUCCUCCUUAUCCAGGUAGCAAUGCUCGUGCCCGUGAUAGAGUUGAGGCGCUUCAAGCAUACUAUCACCAACAGCAACCUCCAAAUUCUACCACAGUACGGCCACCUGUCGCUUCUAGCGCUCGAAGAUCCAGCGGUCACAGUAGGUCAGCUCCAUUAGCAUCGUUGUCCUCGCCGCCAGACCAAAGUGGUAGCUACAUUUAUCUCCCAGGACGCAAUUUUCAAGAAGAAACCCGUCUUCCAAGUCACUUCCAUGCGUGGGAAAGAGAUCACUUGCCUUCAUCGUCAUUAAAUCAAGUUGGUAGAGAAUCAAGUUGGAGAGCGUACCACCAAACUGCCAGUGGGACAGACCCAGGUUUCAGAUCUUCUAGCUUUCGUUUAAGGAGUGACUCAGAGAGAACACCUUCACAAAAUCGGUGAUACACUUGUUUAUAGCAAACUACCAUUAUUAUGGUAAAUCAAAAUUUAUUUAUGCUUAAAAAAUGUUACAUAAUGCUUUGGCCUGGCUGGCAUGUUUUCUCAGACUAUAUAUAUAUACUCUGGCUGGCCUUGGAAUUGAUCUUUCUGGCAGCUAUGAGGCAUUGUGAAUUGACAUUGGCUUCCUCUAGUUUGGUUGCUUUGGAGGGCAUAAAAUAAGAUGUUAUCGAAUAUCAGGUUUUGUAAAGAAACACCGAGGCAUUGUCUUUUCAAGUGAUAAAUCAGUGAUUGGAAUUUUUUUUUAGUCGAUAAA